CCGCUGGGGGUCAGGAUGAGGGGCCCAGAGGCAACGACUAAGGCGAGGAGAGACCAGAAACGCUAAAGGCACCACUUUGAAGGGACCCGGAGGCUUCAGAAGUGAUCUCCCCUGCCGUAAAAAAAUUAAUAAAAUCCCUUCCGCCAUUACGCACAGUUGCAACCUGAGGCGGGGACGCGCUCCCAGCGCAUGCGCGCUCCCUUCGUCCGCCCUCCCAGGGGCCCGCUCACACGGUGGAGGGAGCGCGCCCGGAGAGAACGCGUCCCAGCCACCCUUAAGUGCUCCGGGUGGAAACUGACGCCCGCGGCGGCGGGGUUCCGGGGGCGGAAAGGAAGGCAGAGGCGGGAAGGCGGUGCGCCGCCCGCUCUUCCCCACCCCUUGCCUCGGCCCUGACGGGGCUGGAUGGGCAAGUUGGCCGCGAUGGCUCGAGCUCGGGCGGCGGCCGCGGCGGCCGGAGGCGGCGGCGCCUCCCCCUCUUCGCCCCUGCGUCGGCGGUGAUCGGAGCGAGCGGCCGCGGCCCCCGAUGAGACUGUUGGCGGGCUGGCUGUGCCUGAGCCUGGCGUCCGUGUGGCUGGCGCGGAGGAUGUGGACACUGCGGAGCCCGCUCACCCGCUCCCUGUACGUGAACAUGACGAGCGGCCCAGGCGGGCCAGCGGCGGCCGCGGGCGGCAGGAAGGAGAACCACCAGUGGUAUGUGUGCAACAGAGAGAAAUUAUGUGAAUCACUCCAGGCUGUCUUUGUUCAGAGUUACCUUGAUCAAGGAACACAGAUCUUCUUAAACAACAGCAUUGAGAAAUCGGGCUGGCUAUUCAUCCAAUUAUAUCACUCUUUUGUGUCAUCUGUUUUUAGCCUGUUUAUGUCUAGAACAUCUAUCAAUGGGCUGCUAGGAAGAGGCUCAAUGUUUGUGUUUUCACCAGAUCAAUUUCAGAGACUGCUUAAAAUCAAUCCAGACUGGAAAACCCAUAGACUUCUUGAUUUAGGUGCUGGAGAUGGAGAAGGCUUCGUGCACUAUGAAUUUGCCUCUCUCAUUUCUGCAUCCAUGCAAGCAGAGGUUCUCCGAGCGCCAUUCGCCUGUUUCAGAGACCACUGGGAAUGUCUCAGCAAGGUGUUUGCCCAGCUGGGACUAGACAUCCAGUCCGGUGCUCUUGCCACCAUGUGCUGCUACCCCAGCUGUGCAGUUGUCACCACUGUGGCUUAUCCCAGGCACAUGAGGCUGGAAAGCCACCAGGGUGUUUAUAAAUGGGAAGAUCUGCCCUUACCCCUCUUUGGGGCGAGGGAGGCUCUAUGUGGCAAGUGGGAGAAACCAUCAGAAAUUUUGGAAAUCAAGGGACAGAAUUGGGAAGAACAAGUGAAUAGUCUGCCUGAAGUUUUCAGAAAAGCUGGUUUUGUAAUAGAAGCUUUCACCAGACUGCCAUACCUGUGUGAAGGCGACAUGUAUAAUGACUACUACGUGCUGGAUGACGCUGUCUUUGUUCUCAAACCAGUAUAAACAUGUGGGGGCCGGAGUCUUCACAGUCCACCCAGGAAUAUACACUCCAGAAGAGGGUCUGCAUCUGCAAUUAGGAGAAGGGGGAGGACCUUUGGGGACUGCCAUGCUAAAUAUCAUGUAGGAAUUAAAAAAGCCAAAAUACUAAUUAUUUCUUUGUAGUAUGUAAAAGGAAUGUUUUUAAAAAACAAAAACCCAACUCUUUAAGGAUUUUUAUCGACUCUUUACUCAGUAAUCCAGGUCACACUUCGAUUAUGGAAGAUAUUUUUUAUACUUAAUUGCAGUAGGGACUCAUUCUCAGUCAAAGCAAUAGUCAUGACUUCACAUGGAACCAAUAAAUGGAUUGUUUUUAAUAAAAUGAAGAUUGGCAAUAAAGCUGUCCAUUCAUUUGCAAAUAUUGUUUAAGGUAUAGCCACUGAUAUUCUCUCAUGUUUAGAGAUUCUGUCAUUAUUCAAGAAAAUGUUUUUAAUCAUGCUAAUAAACUUUUUUGAAGAUUGACAUUGA